AUGAACAACAAAAUAUCUGGCGUACGAAAUGGUCUCCUGCUGCUACUACGUAAGAGACAUUUUGCCAGUAUUUACUCUCCUAAUAUUAGAAGAAACGUACCUGAAUAUAUCGACUUCAAUACCUUUUUUCCGAAAAAGGAAAUCAAGCCAGAUAUCAUAUCCGCCUUUACUAUUGCAAAACAACAAAGACUAGAAAAACUUUUAGAAAAUAAUCCUUUAGUAUUGUACAGAGGUAGAGUAGUUAAAAAUUUAUCAUGUCCAAAAAUAAAAUAUUCAGGUAGAAAUAAUGUAGGCAAAAUAACUACGCGUCAUAGAGGGGGGGGUCAUAUAAAAAGGUUAAGAUUUAUUGAUUUUAAAAGAUCUAGAAAAGAUAUAUAUGGAACCGUUUUAAGAAUAGAAUAUGAUCCAUCGAGAAGUGCACAUAUUGCUUUAAUUCAAUAUGAAGAUGGUGUGUUAUCUUACAUUUUAGCUCCUCUUUUAUUAAGACCAGGAGAUAAAAUUAUUGCUAGUAAACAUGCAAAUAUAAAUCCAGGUAAUUGUUUACCUUUAAAAAAUAUUCCAGUUGGUAGUAUUAUUCAUAAUAUUGAGAUUAGACCCGGAGCAGGAGGACAACUAAUCAGAGCAGCAGGUACAUAUGCAACUGUGUUAAGUAAAGAUAGCCAGUAUGCAACCGUCAAAUUGAAAUCUACAGAAAUAAGAAAAUUUCCUUUAGAAUGUUGGGCUAGUAUUGGGCAAGUGUCUAACUUAGAAAGACAUAUGAAAAUUUUAGGAAAAGCUGGGGUUAACAGAUGGUUAGGUAAAAGACCUGUAGUAAGAGGUGUAGCAAUGAACCCUUCCAAACAUCCACAUGGUGGAGGUACCAGUAAAAAACAUACCAAAAGACCAAAGUGUUCACUGUGGGGUAAAUGUAGAGAUGGGUAUAAAACCCGAAGCAAGAAAAAGCCGCUCGGAUUAAUCAUUAGGAGAAAUUUGUGCGGCCGUUUGCAGAAGAAGUAUGGUGUUCCUGUGUAG